CUUUUUAGGCGCCAUAUUGUUUCUUUUUCUGCAGUCUGAUCUGUCUUUGAAUAUUCCAGCUUAUCGAGGUCCAGUAUGAAGAUUGCUGUUGAGGGUUGUUGCCAUGGUGAACUGGACAAGAUCUAUGAAACCCUUGGUUUUCUAGAGCAGCAGAAUUACUACAAGGUGGACCUCCUUCUCAUCUGUGGGGACUUCCAGGCAGUCCGGAAUAAGGCAGAUAUGCAGUGUAUGGCAGUCCCUUCUAACUAUAUGAAGAUGAACACUUUCUAUAAGUACUACUCUGGAGAGAAGAAGGCCCCUGUGCUUACAGUGUUCAUAGGAGGAAACCAUGAGGCAUCUAACUAUCUACAGGCACUCCCAUAUGGUGGCUGGGUGGCACCCAAUAUAUAUUACAUGGGUUAUUGCAAUGUUAUUCAGUUUGGUGGCAUAAGGAUAGGGGGACUGUCUGGAAUAUUCAAGGGAACAGAUUAUAUGAGAGGUCAUUUUGAGAGGCCCCCCUAUGAUAACAAUACAAAAAGAUCUGCAUAUCAUGUCAGGAAUAUUGAUGUGUUUCGUUUAAAACAAAUCACAAGAGAUUUAGACAUUUUUCUAUCUCAUGACUGGCCUAGAGGUGUUUACAAUUAUGGUGACGUAGCAGGUCUUCUCCGUGCUAAGAAAUAUUUCAAAGACGAAGUGAACCAGAAUAAAUUAGGAAGCCCUGCAGCGGAGGAACUGUUACAUUACUUACAGCCACAAUAUUGGUUUUCUGCGCAUCUUCACGUUAAAUUUGCUGCCAUUGUGCAACAUGAGUCAUCAGGCAGCACAGCGAAAACCACAAAAUUUCUAUCCCUGGAUAAAUGUCUACCAAAGCGCAAGUUCCUUCAGGUGAUAGAUGUGAAGGCCAGAAAUAAUGACAGGAAGUUGUCACUGGAUCCUGAGUGGUUGAAUAUCUUAAAGUCCACGAACCACCUCAUGAGCAUCAAGCCCACAGCACAGUACCUGCCUGGAAUAGGCUGUAAAGAAAGGUAUGAUUUUUCAGUGACAGACGAAGAGAUGAAUCAAAUAGCUGAAGACUUUGGUGGGAAUUUCAUACUUCCAGAAAACUUUUCAAAAACUGCCCCCGUAUAUGACCCAAAACAUCCUAAAGCAAAAUGUCCUAAGGCAGAGGUUACUCCUGACCCACAAACCACAUUGUUAUGCGAGAUGCUUGGUUUAACAGACCCAUAUACAGUGUUUUCUGGCACAUCACCAGACUUGAGCCUUGUGGUGGAAAACCCCGAUGCGAUACCACUUGAGGAUGAAUCAGAUGAUGAGGAUGCAGUUCAAGAUGAGGAGGAUAUGAGUGUCCCAGCAUCAAGCAGUCAGUCCUCCUCUGCAUCUAGUACAAACCCAGAUGAGAUCUCAUUGGAAGAUGAGGAAAGCACGGAAGAGUCUUCAUUUAUUGACACUACUGGAAUUUACUCCCCAGACUCUUCGUUAUAUUCAAGUCCACUAAGAAGUAAACUAAACCUUCCAAAAGUUUCAUUGAACAUGAACGAUUCUUUAUCAAGUGAAAAUUCCGAGGUCAGUAGUUCGAGUGAUCCAAUCAGAAGUAUGAAGUUAGACGACAGUAUAUUGGCUGGACAUUUAUUGGAUGAUAGUAUCGACGAGGGAAUUCAUGGGGUCACAUCAACUCCAGAAAAAGCUGCUAAACAUAAAGGCGAAUCGAGUGAACUGAGUAUCCAAUCAAUAUGUGAUAGUGAAGAGGUGAAAUCUGGGGAUGGUGAAGGGAAAACUGGAGAGAUAGUUAAACCUGUUCCCUCCACUCAAACAGAUUGCACACCUCCCAAACCUAAAAAAUUUAAACGUAGAAAUGUAGCAAUUUAUACAAAUGCUGAUAUAGGUUUGAAAAGGUUUUUCAAAUCUUGUAAUGUUUAG